GUCGAAGUUGGCAACCGUGGCCGCCCGAUUGUAAGCAGUAUGCACCAAUAGUAAUCGUGCGUGUUUUCGUUCACCGAAGAACACAGAUCUUCGUCGCUGCCGCCGACGUCGAGGCUCGAGUGCUGCCGAAUGAGCUGUCCGUUUCUGUCUUUACCGCCGCCACCCCUCCCUCGUCCGGCCGCCAUAUCGUUACUGUCUUCUUGUUCUGUGUUUUCCCGAGUUUCGGAUCGAAAUUUUUUCGACGUCAGAUGUACAAGUGGUGCUCCGUCUACCGGUAUGUCGUUGGUGAUCGUGUUUUCGUAUAAAGUGCCGGCGGUAUCGCUUUCGCGAAGUGUCCGAACCACUGGCUUCAGCAGAUUUUUAUUCAUGACUGCGUAAAUUGUAAGUACCCUCGGUAUGAAUCAUGAUAAUAUUACCCAUAGACAAAUAAAGGUACUGUUUUAUGCGUCCGAAGUCCGUUUUAUUCGAUCAUUGGGUUUCCGUCUAGUUAUCGUUUCUAAAAGUUUAAAGUUAAAGGUCUACUUCUAUAUUUCUGUCAAUUGUACAUUUCACAUACUUCGGCAUCAGUCUUCAAUUCUAUAAUUUAGCUGAAUUUAUUGUUUAGGUAUAUGGUUCUAUGAUUAAUUACUGACUACAUAUAUCUUUUAAGUUUUUUCAACUUAAGUAUAAAUAUCUAUAAAUUAAUACCUACCUAGGUAGGUAGGUAUAACAUUGUACUCAAUUUUUCCUUGAAGCAAUUUGAAAAGUAGCUUAGUAUUUGCCAUCAAUUUGUUAAUUAGUUCAGUCACAGUAUUUGUUUUUGAUCACUAGUGUUUAAAAAGUUCCCAGAUUGCUCAUCGAUAUGUUUAAUCAAUGCAUAUUAUAGUAGAUGACUGGUAGAUUAUUGUAAGCCGACCAAAAUAUUUUACAUAUUUCAUCUUUUAUCAAUUUUAGUCGUUUGUAUGGUUGUUUCUGUAUAAUAAACUUGGUGUCAUCUUAAUAAAUAAAAAUACCAAGGUUAGGUGAUACAGACAACUUGUUAUUUAGUACCGACUAUUUUAGAUAAAUAUUCACAUUUAUUAUAAGUGUAAUAUAAUAUUUAAUAUUGUUAAUUAAGAAUUAAAGAACAUUUACAUUAUAUACUCAAAUUUUAUAUUUUCUUCUAAAUUAAGUGUAAUUAAUUUUUUUUCAAAUAGUAAGUAAGUGAGUACUCUUGUAUAUAAUUAUUUAAAAUAUGUAGUUAAUUUUUGUAAAUUUAUUUGUGAAAAUUAAUAUGUAGGUAUGUAAUGCCUACUUUUAAUUUCAUUAAAUUUAAAUUUAUUGAUAGUAAACUUUGGUUUAUUAUCAUCAACUUACCUACUAUUGCGUUUUCAAUUUAUUGUAGGUACUUAUGUACCUAAUAGUAUUUUGUUAGGGACCUAUUGAUGAAUUAAUCGUUAAACUACCUAUAAAUGUAUAUUAUAGGUACUCAUAUAGAAAUAUUCAAUAGAAAUUUUAGUUUGACAUGCAACGCUAGGAAGAUGAAAAAAAUAUAAAUAUGAUACCUAAAAGAUUGAAUGCUUAAUUUCUUGGUAUAUUUUUAAAUUUACAAUAAUGUAAAUAAUUUAACUGUUUGGAUCGAUAUGCGAUAACAAGAUGAUUUAACCUAUGUUUUGGUAUCUUAGUUUUAUGUUAUGUAGAUAGUUGCUGUUAAAAAGUAUUUAAAAUAGAUUUUUUUUUUUUUUUAGAAAAUCAGAAAACACAUUUAGUUAUUAAAGUACCUGCAGAACUUAAAACAUGAAUCACUGUAAGGAUAAAAAACCCAGUAGACCCGAAAUCCAAGAUAUAUUAUCUCGAAUGAAAAGCCGAUUUAUCAACGAAGGAGAUUCAGAUAACGAUGACAGCCUAAAAGAAGAAAAUAAUAUGGUAACAACAAGUGUUGUUGAAAAUUCUAAAGAAGACCUUCCUGUCGAGAAAAGCCCUGAUGAUGAGAUAGCAGAACUUAUGCAUAAAUUAAAUGGACAAGUUGACGAAGAGCUAGUUGCCAGCAUUGCAUCUACAAAGAAAAUGUAUGAAAACCAGGUAGAAGUAGAUAGUACAUCAGUAAUUUCCAAUAACUCCGAAGAAACUGACCAGGAGAAACCUAGAAUUAUACUGACACUAAGACCAAAUGAAAAUAAACCUGAUACUUAUGUUAGUUCCAGUAGCCUUACCGAUUAUAGUUCUACUAGCCCAAAAGGAACAAAACCUGUCGAUAAAAUCAAAACUCUUGUUAAAGCUGAAAUUGUACCUCUAAAGAGGUCUUCAAGAAGAUCUAAUUGUAAUAAUAACCAAUCUGUGUUGAAUUCUGCUAUAGCUCGAAAAGAAAAAAAAUUCAGUGUCGAAGAAAAAGUAAAGAAAAGAUUACCAAAAAAAAAAAUAAAAAUAAAAAAACCUGUUGAAGUUAAAAAUGAAGUUUUUCCUGUUGAUAUAGAACCUGAAGAUAUUGAUAUUAAUUAUGAUUUACAAAUCAAAGAGGAACCAGGUGAAGAAAUUACCACAGAUCAAAAAAGGAAGAAAAAAAAAGUCUUUAAAGGUGGACGUUACAAUAUUUUCAAAAAAAAAUCUCUGCACAAGGGUGUAUUUAAAAAAGCUAUAUGUAAUCAAUUAAAUUUGGAUCGUACAAAUUUUGAUCUGGAUUCAUCAGAAACUAACUCAGAAAAACACUCCACCUCUGGUAAACUAUUUUUAUUAUUGUCUUAAAGGUGUUAUAGAAACUAUUUUUAUUUUCUAUUUUCAGUUUGUAGCGAUGCUGGGACAUUGAUGUCAAGUGAUAGAAAUGAUCAAGAUGAUGACAUGGAUACAUCUAGUUUUUCUAACAUCGAUGUGGAAAGUAUCUCUGAAGGUAUAUUACAAUAUUUCUAUAAAUCUUUAUUUUAAUAAUGUAAUGAAUUAUUGUAAAAUGGAUUAUACUUUCAUUAGUUAAUUUUUAUUAGCAAUGCAUAUUGUAAAGUUUUCUUAUGCUAAUCUUGCAUCCUUAUUAUGGACAUUACUAUUUUGUUUGUAAUAACUAAGAUAUCUUGAAUUUCACCUUGUAAACGAACCUUAUAUAAUAUAUAUAUAUAUAUAUAUAUAUAUACCAACAUUAAAAAUAUACUUAACUAAAUAUUAGAUUUAUUUUCAUAGAUACUUCCAAUUUUUGUUAUUUGACUCUGUAUUAUAACCAAAUCAUGAAUUUUAUUUAUUUAGUAACUUGUGACUUAAGUAAGCAAUAUUUUACCUAAACAUAAUUACCAAUAAGUCAAUAUUUAAGUAUCUUUACUAUAUUAUAAUACAUACUUGAUCUUGGCCUAAUUAUUUGGAUAGUUGAGUAACAAUAUAUUGUACUUGUUUAAUUUAGGUAAAUACAUUUGAUAAAUUGCUGUUGGUUCUUUAAGAUAUUUUACUGAAAACAUUUUACUUAAAUAUAUUAAAAGAAAGAAUACUGAAUCUAAAUUAGAAACUAAAUAUUAUUGCUAUUUUUUUUAAGUUGCAUAAUAUGUUUAUGAAGUUUAUUUUAAUAUACAGGUGUCUUACAAUGUUAUUCAUAGGCUAAUAACUCAUUUUUUUUUUCAAUUGGAUUUUGUGUCAAGAUACAAAUAUAGAGAAAAAUUAAAUUUUUAUUUUCAUCACUGAAAAAAAUAACUUUUUAAAACUUUCAAAAUAACCAAUUUUUAAAAUAUAUUUAAAAAUUUUAAUGUAUCAUUCAUUCAUAUCCGAUUAAUAGUUUCUUAGUAAUAGUCAUUUUAAUUUCAACAUUUCUUAUCUUAUAUUAUGACUACGGUUCGCUACUGUGUGACGUGAUGUGUGACGCGUGAGUUUAUUUUUUUUACACCAUUCUCUAGAUAUUACAAUAGUUAUUACUAAGAAACUAUUGAUUGGAUAUGAAUUUAUAAUACAUUAAAAUUUGUAAUAUAAUAUACAAAUUCAUAAAUUGGUUAUGUUGAAAAUUUUAAAAAGUUGAAAAAUAAAAUUUUGUUUUUAGUAAAAGCAAAAGUUAAAUUUUUCUCUAUAUUUGUGUACCCCAGACAAACCCCGAUUGACAAAAAAAAAUAAAUAAAAUAUUUACCGUUUAUUAGCAUAUGGCUAACCUAAUGGUUUACACUGUAAGACCCUGUAAUAGUGUUCUUGUAAAUACAUUCAAUUUUUAUUUUAUUUUUUAGAUAAAACACUUGACAAUAUACAAGAUAAAGUUAAUUUGUGCCUGUGUAAUAAUCAUAUUGAAGUUAUUUUGUGUGAUGAAGGCAUAGUUAGUUGUAAAGCUGAAGAUUGUGUCGAUGGUUUAUUAAUUAAAUGUAAGAAGUUAUCUUUCCAUAUAGAUGACUAUGGUAAUAUGCCCAUGGUAAGAGCAAAUGUUACUUUACCAUUUGGGUCAUUUUGUGCGUUUCAUAUGAAACGUUUUUUUUUGCAUCAUAGUUGUCCACGUUGCGGAAGAUUUUGCUCAGAAGUAAGAUAUACUUUAUAUAAUUUUAAUGUUAUUAUUAGUAACUAUUAAUUUUAUUUUUGUUGACCUCGUUCAAUAGUUUGAAUUAUCGAAGAGUUUUGAACUUUUUAUAUUAUCAAAAAAUGUUAACCUAGACCAAUUUAUUUGUAUAAUCGUUAAUGUAUGAUGGUAUAAUACUAUGUUAUACAGGUUUAAUAAAUCUUUACUAUUUUGUAUUUUAAAGGUUUAGAUUCUAGGAUUUCAAAAUUUGGAUUUUUGAAUUUUGAUGUACUUUAAUAUCUUUGUACUUAAAAAUGUACCUUCUAAUAUAAAUUUCAAAAAUUAUUAGAUUUAACUUGCUCCAAUACAAACUUAAUCAUAAUUUCUUAUUAUUCAAACAUUAAUCAACUGUUGGUUUAUUAAAUUAAUGUUUAUUUAUUUGGUUAUUUGAAUUAAAAAUUGUAUUUAUUUCACAGGGCAUAUUUAUGAUGUGCAAAAAUAAACAUUUUUCUCACAUUGGUUGUCAUCAAAAAGAAAAAGGUUGUCUACAUUGUGGUGUUCUCGACGUAUACGAUGUGGAACUAAAAAGGCGUAUAGUUAAACCCAAGAAAGAAAGAUGCAGUACACCUAGCGAUAUUAUUGUAGAAAUAGGAAAUAUUAAAUUAAGUACAAUUUGUUGUCCACCACAAAUUGAUAAAGCCGAGUUGUCAACAUAUUUACAACAGCUGAAGGAUGAAAUUUCUGAUUCCAAACGUAUUAUGUAAGUUAUUAACAAUUUAUUACAAUUAUUAUUUUAUAGGGAUAUUUUACUAACAAUAAUUUUGUUUCUUUUUCUUGGGUAUCUUAAAGAUCAUUAAUACCUAUCGCCACAACAACAAAGUCUCUCAACUUCUCCCUGUCUUUUGACAAUUUCUUGGUUUUCUCCACCCCAAUCUUCCUGAUGUCUUUGUUGUAGCUAUUCAACAUUGUCUGGGCUGUUUUAAGUUUUCUUUCCAUCUAGUUAGUUAUGCUGUAUUUCUUAGAUCUCCAUGCAUGAUCGGUCCAUCUUAUUCUGCUGUUUUGUUUAAUAUAUUAAAAUAUGUUUUUUAAAUAUACUGGAAAAAAUUUGAAUGUUAUUAUCAAAAAUAUUUUUUUGUUAAUAAUGUAAAUUAACUGUUUACGGGAAAAUAGUUGUCUGUGAAACAAUAAGUAAAUAUAAAAAAUCAAAAGUUUAUGUUAAGAAAAAAAUAAGACACAUAUUGUCUUGUGCAAAAUAGUUUCUAUUGACAAAAUAUAAUUAUGGGUGAUAUGAUAUACUAUUAAGAAUUGAAUAAGCCAAGAUAAAAAAGAAUCUUCAAAACCAAUUUCUUUAACAUUUUUUUUAAUUUAAAAGCAAUAGUCAAAUAAUUGUAUACUGUUAUAAUAUUACACCUUUAUAAUAUUUGUAUUGAUUGUAUUUUUUUUUUUUUUAAUAUCUUAUUUUCUGCUAUUUUUUUUACCAUAUUUUAAUGCCGCAUGGUCUAAAUUUUAUAAAUAAACAAAUAAUUUAAUAUAAAAUAAUGAUUUAUAUUAUAUAAUCAAAUAGGUACUCAGUCUCUGGACUUUACCAAGCUUGUGAAUCAAACAAUAUACCAAAAGUCCUGUCAAUUAUAGGUAUGAUUUUGAAUUUGUAAACCUAUUUUAUAUCAAAUAAGUUUUGAUACUUGAAAAUUAAUUAAAACAAAAACUGUUUUCAUAUUUCAGGAUCGGAAUGCAAUCUUAUGUAUAGAUUUACUAAGAUUAGUAACCGAACGGCAUUACAUGCUGCUUGUGCGAAUGGAAAUUUGAUGAUUAUUUAUUUAUUACUUCAAGCUGGUGUUGACCCAAAUGUGGUGGAUGAUAAAAUGAAGUCUCCAAUGAGAUUGGCCGCUAAAUCCGGUCAUAGCUAUGCCGUUCAAUAUCUUCUAGAAUUUAAUGGUGCUCCCGAAAUUAAAGUAGUAUACUUGUUAUAUUUGUAUUUGUAAUAUUUUUAUUUAUAUAUUGAUUUUUACAUUUAUUAUAUAUCUAAGGAUUUACAAGGUAUGACUGCACUACAUUUGGCUGCUAAAAACGGACAUUUUGAGUGUUGUAAGGUUUUAUCAAAUAAACGACCAUCCAUGGUCAAUUGGAAAGAUAAAGGAGGAUGGACACCUCUUGUGUGGGCUUGUGAAAAUAGUCACACUGAAGUUGUAGAGUAUGAAAAUUUAAUAAUAAUUUAGUAGUUCCACUAUAAUCUUAUUGUGUUAUACAAAUGUUAAUGUGUAAUAGGCAUUUUAUUACUCAUAAACCAAACACGAGACUACCUGAUGAGGAACAUAAUGUAGCAUUACAUUGGGCAGCGAUUUCUGGAUGUUUCGAUGUUGUCAAAUGUUUGGUAGAGUAUGAUCCUGAAGUGAAUAUGGCAAACGAUGCUGGUGACACGCCAUUGUAUGUAAUAAACAAUCAUAUUUAUUCUAUGUAAUUUAUAAUCUAUUUAUAAUAAAUAAUCUGUAGACAUAUUGCUGCUCGUAAAAAUACUUUUGAUAUAGUAUCAUUUUUAUUGGAAAACGGUGCCGAAGCAUCACAUAAAAACAAAAAGAACAGACAACCUAUAGAUUGCUGUUUUCCAAAUUCUAAAUGCUAUAAUCUUUUAAAAAGUUAUCAACAAAAAAUAUCUGACAAGCAAUCAAUAACCCCAGUUAACUUACAGUAUACUGAACCAAAGUUGAAAAUAGCCCAAUUACCAAUUGUGUUUAAAACAACUUCUGUAAUUGUAUCUGAGUAAGUCAGUUAUUAUAAAUUUUAAGUUUAAUAAUUAAUGAUAUGAAUAUACUUAUACUUGUUAUACAUAUCAUUUAUACUUCUAUAGGGAUAUAUCUUAUGGUUGUGAAGAUGUUCCAAUUAGAUGUGUAAAUGAAAUUGAUGAUGAACAACCAGUUGACUUUACAUACAUUAAAGAAAAUUGUUACGAUGUUGGAAACCAUGUUGAUUCGGCCAUGUCUCAUAUAGCUGUAAGUUUUUUUUUUAUUAUUUUUAUUACAUUUUAUUGUAACUUUUUUUUUAGUGUUGCAAUUGUGAAGGCCCUUGUAACACGAGUAAUUGUAAAUGUGUACAAACUAAUGGUGAAUGUUUAUAUGAUGAAAAUGGACGCUUGAAUUCAAAUUUCGAUUAUUUUAGUAAGUCAUAAAAAAUAAUAUAAGACAGGUAACAUCAAGAUUAAUAAUAUUAUAGUAUUGUUAUUUUGUAAAUGCAUAAUAUAUUUUUAAUAGAUCCGAGUGGUAUAAUAUAUGAAUGCAAUUUGCGGUGUAGAUGUCAUAAACAAAAAUGUGGCAAUAGAGUUAUUCAAAAGGGUAUAAAAAUUAGCUUGGAAUUGUUCAAACAUACAGACAUGGGUUGGGGAGUAAGGACACGACAAGCUAUACCUCAAGGUACAUUUGUGUGCGAGUAAGUUAACAAAUCAUUUAAUAAUAAUAUAAAAUUAAUAAAUAUUGUUUAUACCAAAAACUAAUUUUAAAAUUUAAUAUUUACUAGAUAUAUUGGUGAAAUAAUUACUGAUCAAAAGGCUAAUGAUUUAAAAGAAGAUUCCUAUUUAUUCAAUCUAGAAAAUCCUGUAAGUCGAAAUAGUGUUAUAUAUGAUUUUCUUUUUUAUCAUGAAUCAGCAAUUAUCUCUAAGAAUUUUAAGUGAAUUUGAUUUGUUUUUUCUAAUCAUUAUAGAAUCAUUUGAGCUUUAUUUUAAAGCUAUUUUUAGUUUUUACCCCUACUUCAUAUAUCUUAAAUAAUUACAUACUUUUACUUUUCAAAUAGGAGCCCCCCCCCUUUUGAACACAGAUUUGAAUAUAAAAUAUUUUUCUAGAAAUGUUGAUAUGCAUAACACUGAUAUCAGAUUUACCGUUUAUGAGUAUCAGUUUAAAGUUAAGACUGAAGAAGUAGAGAAGGGUAAUAAAUUGUAUUACCCUUUAAAUGUAUUAUAUUUCCCUGUUCCUUCAGUUAAAUUAGGUUUAAAUUUCUAGAAAAAAAUGCUCUAUUCAAAUCUGUUCAAAAUGGUGCCUAUUUGAAAAGCAAAAGUAUGAACUUAAUUAAGGUAUUUAGAGUAGGUGUAUAAAUUAAAAUAAAGCUAUAAUAAUUCCAUUAUAAUUAGAAAAAACAGAAAUCAAAUUCAUUCUAAAUCCUCAGAGAUAAUUGUUGGUUCAUGAUAUAAAAAUCACUCUGUAUACUACUUAUUUAUUUUUAAAAUAAUUUUGAAUUUUUUAAAUUUAAUUUUAGGGAGCUGAUCAAUUGUAUUGUAUUGAUGCUUACAACUAUAGUAAUGUUUCUCGUUUUAUUAAUCAUUCGUGUGAUCCAAACCUUUUGUCUGUUCGAUCGUUUAUUAAUCACCACGAUAAAAGGUUUCCUAGAAUUGCAUUUUUCGCCACCCAAAACAUAGCCCCAAAUGAACAAUUAUAGUAAGCAAAAUUAAAAAUAUAAUAUUAUAAUUGGCAAUAAUAGUAUUAUAAUAAUUUAUUCAUAUUUUAUGUAAUUAUGUGCAGUUAUGAUUAUGGUGCUGCUUUUUGGAAAAUUAAAGGUGAGUUGUUCACGUGCAAGUGUGGCAAACCUAAUUGUAGUUUUUCUUUAGAAACUAUUCAAUGUCUUCGGAUUGAUUCAGAUGAUGAUAAUGAUGAUGUCAAUAAUGAUGAUUACAAUGAUGAUAAUGAUGUUAAUGAUGAUUACAAUGAUGAUUACAAUGAUGAUAAUGAUGUUAAUGAUGAUUACAAUGAUGAUAAUGAUGUUAAUGAUGAUUACAAUGAUGGUGAUAAUGGUAAUGAUGAUGAUAAUGAUAAUAAGGAGGAGGAAGAGACACCUAUUCAAAUUCAAAGCAAUAAACCAAAAGAUAAACCCUCAACAGUGACAUUGUCAAAUCAAAAUAUGCUAAAGAAAAAUGAAAUAAUAUGUACUAAAUCACUGCAUGAAUAUACAAAAAUGUCCAGUAUUAACUCAUCAGUAACUACAAAAUAUAAUACUCAAAAAAAUAAUAAUUCCAAAAAUCCAAAUGUAAUAUCAAUGCCAAAUAAUGGGUUACGGGCAAAAAAUAAUGAUGAAGAUAAACAUUCUAAACCUUUAUUAGGCAGCCAUUCAACUCUUAAUUCAAAGUUAAUUCAAGAUAAAUUGCAAAAUGUUAUAGUUAAUAGAAAAAGGAUAGAUCAAAGGAUAUUAAAUAGGAAUGUGAAUGCAUCUGUCAGAAAAAAAAUGUUGAUCAAUAAUAGUAAAUUAUCAAAAUCUGUUGAAAUUACUGAUAAUAAAGUACUUGAUUCUUGUCUAUUAAGACCAAAAGUGUUGAAUUCUAAAAAAAAAAUAAAAUUAAACAAUAGCACUUUUCAGAAUGACACAAUUUUAAAGACUGAUGAUAUUAAAAAUAAUAGAAAAAUUAUUUCAUUAGAUGUCUCAAAUAGGGAUCAAGACACAAUUGAAGUUUUAAAUGACAGUAAUCAGAUGAUAGACUUGAUUAACAAUGAAUUAACUGAUGAAGAAUCUGAGACUGAAUUGAAUAUGGGUAAUAAAGAAUCUGUUGAUAUUCCAAAAAAUUCAUACACGUCUAAAGGGGAAUAUGGUAAAGUCUUAGGUAUCAAAACAAAUUUUGAAAAAGAACAUUUUCUCAAUAACAAAAAUGGUCAUCAAUUGAAUCGUUCAAUGACAUUCUUUGAAAGGAAUAACAUAAAUAUAAAUAGUCAUUAACUAAUGAAAUCAUAAUUUUUUUUUUUAAUUAUUUAAUUGAAUAUUAUUAACACUAUUUUAAAAAAAAAACUAUGUUCGCAAUUUAUAUGACUGAAUAUUAAUAAAAAUAUCAACUUUAUUAUGUAAUAUAUAUUUUUUUAAUUUAGUCAUUUAACAAAGUUAAAAAUAAAUUAUUGAAUAAUUCUGAUACAUAUUAUUGCCCACUCCAAAAAUACUUUUGUUUUACUGUUAGAGUAACAUUUUAGUCGUUGGUCUUCCUAAUUUAGUACAAAUUAUUGUAAAAAUUUGUUUUAAGUUUUGCAAUAUUGUUCUAUAAUAAUAAUUUUUACCUUAAAAUGUUUUGUUUAAUUUGUGUAUAUUAUUUAAGAGGUAUUUGUUAUUUAUUGUUUUUAUUUUUUAAAUUUUUAAAAUGUAUAUUUGGUAGGUUACUUAAGAAAAAAAAAUUGUAUUUUGAUAAGCGUUAUUAACCUUUUCCUUUUUUUUUUUUAUUUAUUUAUUUCAUUUGAAAAACUCUGUCAAUUGUUAAAUUUGUUUAUUUUAAGUUAAUAGUUAUUAUGUAGUGUUAUUUUUAUGUUUUUUUAAACAUUUACAUAAAUUGAAAAUGUAAACCAUAAUGUAAGUGGUUUAUUUCUUUUUCUUUUAUUUAUAUGAUAAAUUAUUAUUAUUAUUGUUAUUGUGAAAUUGCUGCUUACAAAAACUAAAAUGAAUUAUUAAAAAAAAA